CAAAACAACAUCUCGGCCUUCGCUUUACGCGCAAGAGUUUCCCCGGGAUUGGCGACGAUAACCCAUUUCCGUACAAGUCCCUGUAAUCCCCAGGCUCUCACUUCAAUUCUCCUUCUUUAGAAUACCUUACUCUUCGUAGUACGAACAAGCAUCGACUACUCCAUCUCGUCCCUAACAACAACAUCAACCCCGAACCCUGUCACCAUGUUAUCCAAAGUGAUUAGCCCUGCGAGACUCAUCACCAGGAGGUCACAUGUCGUGCCAGACCAGUUGCUCGUAUCGGAGCUUUUCUUCGAGGUGCCCCUCGACCACGCAAACCGCAGUGCAGGAAACCUCCAACUUUUUGGCAGGAGUGUCACCAAACAUGAGCGGCCCAUCGUUCCCCUGAAGGGGCCAGACGCCACCAAGGCCGAACAGAAGCCCUGGCUGGUCUAUUUAGAAGGCGGUCCAGGCUUUGGGAACAAGGAGCCACAAGAGAGCCCCAUCACGCGCAUGGCCCUCAGCCGGGGCUAUCAAGUUCUGUUCCUCGACUACCGGGGCGUCGGUUCAAGCACGCCCGUGUCCGCCGCCACGCUGCGUACCGUUGGCAACCCGUCGGCCCAGGCUACCUACCUGAGCCGGUUCCGCCAAGACUCCAUCGUCCGAGAUCUCGAGGCCGUCCGGGCUUGCCUCACGCACGACUACCCGGAGGAGAAGAAGAAGUGGUCCAUCUUCGGCCAGUCCUUUGGCGGUUUCGUCUCGCUGACUUACCUCUCCUUCUUCCCGGAAGGGCUCCGCGAGGUCUUCCUGACGGGCGGUCUCGCCCCUGUCGGCAAGGCGCCCGAGCAGGUCUACGAGGCGACCUUUCGGAAGGUCGUGGAACGUAACCGGGCCUACUAUGCCAAGUUCCCCGAGGAUGUUAAAAAUGUUCGCCGCAUAGCGCGAUUCAUUCAACAGCAAGAAGGGGGCCGUGUGGCCCUCCCCGGAGGCGGCUUCCUUACUGUCCCACGGCUGCUGACCCUUGGUCUCGCUUUCGGCUCCCACGGCGGUCUAGAUAUGGUGCAUGCACUUAUCCUCAAGAUGACAACGGACCUCGAGCAAUUUGGCUUCCUCGACCGGCCUGUUCUCACCGCUCUCGGGCAGUUCAAUCCCUUUGACACCCACAUCAUCUACGCCAUUCUCCAUGAAGCCAUCUACUGCCAUCAACCAGGUAUCGCCUCCAACUGGGCAGCAUUCCGUGUCGGAAAGGAGCUUGAGUCUUUUGCCUGGCUAGACCAGAUGCCCAACCUCAGCCCGUCGUCCGAUAAUGAUGAUGAUCCGCCGCUUCACUUCUCCGGCGAGAUGGUAUUCCCCCUCCAUUUCGAGACCUACCCGGAACUUAUUCCUCUCAAAGAUGCCGCCGACAUCCUCGCGUCGUCCGCAGACUGGCCGGCCCUCUACGACGAAGACCAGCUCGGGCGCAAUGAAGUGCCCGUCUACGCGGCCAGUUUCAUUGACGACAUGUAUGUCGACUACGGGCUUGCGAGAGAAACCGCUGCCCUUAUCCGGGGCUGUAAGGUGUUCGAAACCAAUAUGAUGUAUCAUAACGCCCUGCGGGCCCAGACGAACGAGGUGAUGGGCCGACUCUUUCAGCUGCGAGACGGUUCCAUCGACUGAGUGAUUCUCCGGGGUAGGGUUGUCCGUGCUCUCUCUCUCUCUCCUUAGCGGUUAUAAAAACUCCCAAGACGAAGCAGUGGGUAGAUAUAUAUCACCUAGGAAGCGGGAUCAUAAGGUGGUCUUUGAACUGUUUCUGAGUUGCCUUGAGGACCACCAUCUUCUAGGCCGAGUGAAACAGGGAAUUCUACCCAUGCACUCAAAUACGUAGAGCCGGAGGGUAGGCUCCGAGGAGAGCAAAUGGUCACCACGCGAUUCUCCAGUUUCUCCGUGGUCACCACGUACACGUAGUUCUCUGAGCCUUGGCGCAACACCUUCAACGUCCCC